AUGGCCACCCAAACUCCGCGGCGCACGUCGGGAGAAUUGCAAUGUCACAAUACAGCAUUGGACAAUCGUCCGCAAUGUCCAGACUCCGACGAUGUUGAGAAGCAAAUAUCAGAAACAAACACGCCCAAGCAAUCGGCUUUCAAAGGCCUUGGCUGGUUGGAUCGAUUUCUAGCCCUGUGGAUCUUCCUUGCCAUGGCUGUUGGAAUUAUUCUCGGCAACUUUGUCGAGAACACGGGACCUGCCUUGCAAAAGGGCAAAUUCGUCGGGGUGUCUAUUCCAAUCGCGAUCGGCCUCUUGGUCAUGAUGUAUCCUAUUCUUUGCAAAGUGCGGUAUGAGUCCUUGCAUCAUGUCUUUCGAGAGCGUGGAAUUUGGAUUCAAAUUGCGUUCAGCAUCUUUGUCAAUUGGAUUCUUGCUCCUUUCCUCAUGCUUGCACUAGCAUGGGCUUUCCUGCCAGACGAGCCAGAGCUACGAGAGGGCUUGAUUCUUGUCGGAUUAGCCAGAUGUAUCGCCAUGGUUCUCAUCUGGACCGGUCUUGCUGGCGGAGACAAUGAAUAUUGCGCUAUCCUCGUUGCGGUUAACUCACUGCUUCAGAUGGUGCUCUUUGCACCCUUGGCAAUCUUCUUCAUCAAGGUCAUUGGCCAUUCGGGUAGUCAAGUUACACUCUCAUACGCUACAGCUGCCAAAAGCGUGGCAGUGUUCCUUGGUAUCCCUUUAGGUGCCGCAAUCAUCACCCGCAUCACGCUUCGAAAGAUAGCGAGUCCAGAUUGGUACGACCGGGUGUUUCUCAAAUGGGCUGGCCCGUGGUCUCUUCUUGGACUUCUCUUUACGAUUCUGGUGUUGUUCGCAUCUCAGGGCCGCCAGGUGGUUCAUCAGAUUGUCUCAGUGGUCCGGGUCGCCGCUCCGCUCUUGGUUUAUUUUAUAAUUGUCUUCUUCGUCACCAUUUGUGUGACUUACAAGCUUGGGUUUGGUUACAAGUUGGCUGCUACUCAAAGUUUCAUCGCAGCCAGCAACAACUUCGAGCUUGCUAUCGCUGUCGCGGUCGCAACAUUUGGUGCUAACAGCAAUCAAGCGCUGGCCGCGACUGUCGGGCCACUGAUUGAGGUUCCGGUACUGCUUGGGCUUGUCUAUGUUGCAAAGCUUAUAGGGAAGAGAUUUGGCUGGAAAGACUGA